AACCCCGAGUCGCCGGGUGUCUACAAGAAGACGUGUGGUCACACAGAAUGUUGUUGCGUCGCGCGCUGCUCGCCGGCCUAUCGACAACUGUCGCUCGUGUCCCCCUCGUCCAGCCACUCCGUCCACGAGCCCUGUCCACCAUGGCGCCCCCAGCCAAAGUCAUCUACAUGGCCAAGAACUUCGCCGGCGAGCCCAAGCCCACCGACUUCCAGCUCAAGGAGGAACAGCUGCCGGACCUCAAGGAUGGAGAGAUCCUCGUCGAGGCGGAAUGGAUGAGUGUCGACCCUUACAUGAGGGCCUACAUGGUGCGCUACCCUCCGGGCACCAAGAUGAUCGGCGGGCAGGUCGGAAAGGUCCUGGUGUCCAAGAACAAGGGCUUCCAGGUGGGCGACCACGUGGUCGGCUACCUGGGCUGGUCGACGCGCACCAUCGUCAACCCGGACAGCACCCGAGGGGACAUGACCAAGGGCGACCUGGAGAAGGUUCGCCACCUGGACGUGCCGCUGUCCUACAACCUGGGCGUCCUGGGCAUGCCUGGCCAAACCGCGUACUUCGGCCUCUUGGACCUCUGCCAGCCGAAGGCGGGUGAGACGGUGGUGGUGAACGGUGCCGCCGGGGCGGUGGGCUCGCUCGUGGGCCAGAUCGCCAAAAUCAAGGGGUGCCGCGUCAUCGGCUUCGCGGGCUCGGACAGCAAGUGCGAGUGGCUCAAGAAGAGCCUCAAGUUCGACUUCGCCUUCAACUACAAGACCUGCAACAUCCUGAACGCGCUCCGCGAGUCCGCCCCCAACGGCGUGGACUGCUUCUUCGACAACGUCGGCGGCACCAUGAGCAGCGUGAUCCUGUCCCAGAUGAACCUCUUCGGCCGCGUGGCAGUGUGCGGCUCCAUCUCGUCCUACAACGCCGACAUGAAGGACCCGCCCCUAGCCCCCGUGGUGCAGCCGUCCUUGGUGUUCAAGCAGCUCAAGAUGGAGGGCUUCGUGGUGAGCCGAUGGCGCGACCGCUUCGCCGAGGCCACCGACCAGAUGCACGCGUGGGUCAAGGAGGGCAAGAUCGUCUACCAGGAGCACGUCUACGAGGGCUUCGAGAACAUGCCCCACGCCCUGAUCGGCAUGCUGCGGGGCGAGAACACGGGCAAGGCCGUGGUCAACGUGUCCAAGCUCUAGACGACCCCCUCCGCCACUUCAUC